AAAGAAAGUUAACUGCUCUCGUCGAUACCAUCUUCUUUUCUAAUUAAUCAAAAAAAGAAUCCCUUUUCUUGUUGUUGAGAGUUCAUAUAUUAGCUUAGGUGUUGGUGGAAGAGUGCUUGUAACCUACUCCGACUUCUUCACUGCCUUUAUUUCUCUCUCUCUCUCCUUCUUUUUGCUCUGUGUUUUUUUUUUUUGGGAGGAAAUGGAAGAGAAGUACUGUAAGUUAUGUUGGAAGAGGUUCGUGAAUGGAAGGGCUUUGGGAGGCCACAUGAGGUCUCACAUGCUUCAUCAUCCUCUCCCGAGUCAAGUGGAUCCCCACCCCGAGUCAGCUUCGUCUUUGAUGGCGGAUCCAGGAUUUGCUCUUCAGGACAGAGAGAGUGAAACCGAAUCGUCCAAGAAGCCGACCCGUAAACGAUCCAGGCUUACCCGCCGGAGAUCCAUCUACGUCUCAUUACGUCACCAAGAACCCGAAGAAGAAGGGAAUAGUGAAACAGCAGAAGAGAUUAAGACGAUGAAGGUCGGGCCUAGAACGAGUCAACAACUCCUCAGUGAGUCGUGUACCGAGCAGGAACCGAAGAGCUCGGUGUCGGACGCUGCGAGGACAGCUGAAGAAGACUUGGCCUUUAGUCUGGUGUUGCUGUCGAGAGACAAGUGGGGGAAAGAGAAGGAAGAGGAAAGUGACGAUAGGAUCAGAUGGGAGAAGAAGAGGAAGUGGUUCGAGUGCGAGACUUGCGAGAAAGUGUUUAAGUCGUAUCAGGCGUUAGGUGGACACAGAGCAAGCCAUAAGAAGAAAAGAGCUCUUGAAGGCUCUUCUUAUUCUUCUUCUUCUUCCUCUGUGAUUCUUCUUGUAUCAGAUGAGAAGAAGAAGAAGAAGAAGAAGAGGAGUAGUGGCCAUGAAUGUCCAAUAUGUUUGAAGGUCUGCUCAUCUGGCCAAGCUCUUGGAGGUCACAAAAGAUCUCACGCCACCGGAUCAGAGAAUAAUAGUCUGGUAAAAAGGGGAAUUAUUAACUUGAUAGAUCUCAAUCUCCCGGCUCCAUCGGAGGACGAAGACUUGGUCUCUUGAGUUUUGAACGCUUGAUGA